AUGAUUCCCUUCUUCCCUCGACUGACUCCUCCAAUAACACACAGUAUUUGGUUUGAUGUGGACGCCCCACGAGACGAGGAUGCAGAGAUCACAGCCCUGGAAGAGAUUCAAAAUGACCAGAAUUACGCACUAACACAAGUCGCCAGCGAUAUUUCUCCGCUCGGAAAGGCUCCUCAUGAUCACACAGAGUGUCCAGACUCCGAUGAUGAUGCCAACGAGGACAGCGACGAUGAGGAGAGCCACGACGAGGAAGAGGAGGAUGAGAUAGAUGCAAUUGAUACACAGACAACUGUUGAACCGGAUGGAACCAUAGAAUACCCAUCUCCGGACAACCCUCGGAACAUAAGUGGGGACGCCGUUGGCGAAACGUCUCAAUCUUCAGUGAUGAACAUUGCCAUGUAAAAUAUUUAUAGGAAUAAUAACUUCAUCUUUAAGUAAUCUCAUUAUACGAGAAAAA